AAAGGAUAGUUUCAAAAAAAACCCCAAUCAUAUAAUGUUUUUAUUAUUUUUGAUCACUCAUUUUGUUGUGGUAUUUUCCUCUUGUUUUUCUCUCUCUUUUCUUUUUCCCUCUUUUCUUUCGCCUGCCUGUAUUUUGCUGUUAUUUUAGAUCUCUUCCACCGUUUUCCUCCGCCACCAGCCGGCGGCUCCACCGUUUUUCCGCCGUCCGUACACCCAGAUUUUUAAAACUCUCUUUGGGUUAGCACCGCUUGUUUUUCAUCUCCAAAAUCUGUCCCUUUUCUUAAAAUAUGUUCUUUAAAAAUUUUGAUUUAAUGAAUUUGGCUUUUGUUAUGAAAAUGUAUGUUUUCCAGUUUUUUUAAUUUUAUUGAUAAUUUUUUUAAUUUUAACGUUGGGCAUUUUGGCUAAUUUGUCAUUUUAUCAAUUUGUACGUUUCCGCUUGCUUAUUGAUAAAGUUGAUUUGACAGUUCUACCCAAAAACGAUAAGUGAAGAGGGUGAAAAAUAUCAAUUUUCUCAUUUAACGUUUUUGCCCUUACAUUACGAUGGUUUAACGGAAUUAACCCUCUUCUGACGUGGCAUGAAAAUGAGUCAUCACCCGCAUAGUAUUUUGACAGCUGGGAUCUCAAGAAAGCGUAAAGAGAGAGAACCUUUUUAUUCAUUUAAACCGUCAAUGCCGGUUCAAUCACCGGUUUAUACCGGUCCUAAACCUCUACCCUCCUCUAAUUGUUCUAACCAGCUUUUAGCUGGUUACAUGGCGCAUGAGUUCUUGACGAGAGGUACGUUGUUGGGUCAAAAAUUCGACCCGGCUCGAUCAGAGGCUGUUCCAGUAAUCGGCUCACUGGCUGGACCGAGAAAACCGGUUGUUAAGCUGGAAACUGAACCGAGGAAUCUUAAGAAAGAGAGCCAAAGUUAUGCUGACGUGGCGAGAAUUUUGAAGGACGAUGGGACCCACAUUCCGGGAAUCGUUAACCCUACUCAACUUUCAAGGUGGAUCAAGAUGUGAAAAAGAAAAAGAAGAUUUCCCAAAAAAUUUGAUAUGACGUGGCGAUAUGUGAUUGGAUGAAAAUUCAUAUCCACGUAAUUGAAGUUUGUACUCUUAUGCAUCUGAUUAUCCCUAUCUUUUUCGAGACUGAUUGUGAGUUUUUCUUCUUGGGUAAUGUUAGUUAAUCUAUGUUUUUUUUCUUUAAUUCGACGUAA